CUCAACACUGCCCAAGAUGGAGAUGGGCGGCAUUGUCAACCAGUUCCGGACCCUGUCGGCCGAACCGGCCAACCGCGAGUUUAUGGUCCACAAGCAGAACUGCCUCCCCGCGCUGGUCACCUUCUUGCACGUCGACGAUGCGAGUGUGGUGGCGGCAGCCAUGCAGACGCUGUUCAAUCUUGCACAGCAUCCGGCCAACAUCCAGCCCAUCAAGACGUGGGACGGCCUGGUCGAGGCCAUUGCGGCGUGGACCACUCGCGAGGGCACCACCGCACCCAUCAUCAAGCUCUCUGGCGAGAUCAUGGUGGCUCUGGGCCUCGCUGCCCCGCUCUCGGCUGGUGCUGCGGCUAAUGCCGCUGCAGACGAGUCGGACGCCGAGUCCGAGUAUGAGUCGGACGACGACGACGACGGUCCGCCCGAGCUUGUAGAGAACGACGGCCCGCCGCCGCUCACGCCGGUGGCACCUUCGCGGCUCAACUCACCGGCCAACGCUAAGACUGCGUCCAAGGCUGCGACCAAGACUGCCGGUCGACCGGCGGUGCCGCGGUCGGCGGCAUACACGCUCUCGAUCGAGGGCCUCUCGCACAACAACCGGUCGCUCAUCGAGCGCAAGCUCCUGCAGCUGCAGGGUAUCAUCUCGUUCACCAUGAACGUGGCGGCCAAGACGGCGGUGGUUCGCACAAGGGGCGCACCCGAGGACAUUGUGGCUGCGCUCGAGGCGAUCGGGUACCACGCGGCGGUGCUCGGCGACGAGUCGCAGGGCCUCGAGACCGUCCGCAUCAUGAGCGGCGGUGCCGUGGCCGGCAAGGAGAACUCGAUGCCGGCGUACGCGUCCGACGAGAAGUUUGUGGCUUCCAAGUUUACCGUCGUCAACAACUCGGGUGACCACACACUGGCCGGCCGCCGCCGGGCCCGUGAGCGCCGCGAGCGGCAGCAGGCGUCCAAGGUCAAUUCGCUGCUCUCGCGCGUUGGCUCGUGGCUCUGGUAG